AUGGAGCAAGCGAUGAGAGAGGCGCCUCGAUCGUCAUUGAAGAAGCAGGAGUAUAUGAGUAGGAUGGACGAGAUCAAGAAGAGACAGGAGAAAGAGAUGGAGGAGAGGAAGACGGCAAACAUGAAGUAUGCGGAAGAGAUGUCUGGGAAGCUGCUGAGCAGGUACUACCAGCAGGAGGCGGAUGUCUUGGACAAGAAGGUGGAGAUGAUGAAUGGGUUUUAUGUGCCGAAAGAGCCUGAGUUUUUUGUGGCGGUGCUAAUAAGGUCUAAGUGCAAGAUUGCGCCGAAGCAACGCAAGGUGCUAGAGAUACUCCGACUGACUAGGCUGAACACAUGCAUCAUAGUAAGGAACAAUGAGUCUAACAAGAAGAAUCUUAGCAUUGUGAAGGACUAUGUUGCGUAUGGAACAAUUGGGAUGGAGCUGCUCAGGAAGCUGGUGUAUACCAGAGGGUCUGGAAGGAAUGGAAGGCAGCAUAUUAAGCUGACGAAUGAGGCAAUUGAGGACAUGUUUGAUGGAAGGAUAAGAUGCAUUGAGGAGAUAAUCCAUUGCAUAUACAACGGGGAUGAGACAUUUAAGGAGGUGAACAGUUUUUUGCAUCCGUUCCACCUGAGACCGCCUGUUGGAGGAUUUAGGCAAAAGAAGACGAGGAACUUUAAUGAGGGGGGAUGCCUUGGGAAUCAUCAUGAUCUGCUGCACAAGCUUCUUGAGAGGAUGAUCUAA